AUGAGGAGGUUUUUCCAUAAGUACAACCAGCUACUACUCAAGAAGCCCUUGGUCACAAAUAUGGUCAGUACCGGUUUUUUACUUGGUGCCGGAGAUUUUCUCGCACAAAACUUAUUUCCUACUUAUUCAGAGCAACCAUACGAUUAUAUGCGAACUCUACGAGCUGUCUUUUAUGGUGGUAUUAUAUUUGCUCCAUUGGGUGACAAAUGGUAUAAAAUAUUGAAUACUAAAAUAGUAUGGGCAGGCAAGAAUGAGAGAACAAUGUCAACGGUUUUAAGAGUAUUAGUUGAUCAGUUAUUUUUUGCACCAUUCAUUGGCAUCCCACUUUACUAUGUAUCAAUGACAAUAUUGGAGAAUAAACAGCCCUACGUUGAGAAUAUUUUAGAAAAGUUUCAUACAAGUUACUGGCCUACUUUGAGAGGCAACUGGCUUGUUUGGCCAAUUUUCCAAUGGUUUAAUUUCUACUUGUUACCAGUGCAGUAUAGGUUGUUGGCUGUUAAUUUGAUAAGCAUUGGAUGGAACACAUAUUUGAGUUACAUGUUGCAUAGUAAAUAG